CUCAAGUUACGUCACUUUCAAAGAUCAUCGUCCGAUAUUUAUGUAACGCGGUCCCACACGACCUACGCGCUCUCGCAUUUGUACGCAAGUAAUCAGUGACACAGGGUUUUAACAGUUCUCUUGUAUAAAAAUCAGACGAAAAUUCGAGAAGAGGUAAGUAGAAAGCACGUUUGCCUGAAUUCGAUUGGUUGACACGCGGCGUGGGACCACUGGAUUCGCCCUUAUAUGUGGAUCAACCAGACGGAUCAAGAACUACACGAUCAGUGCUGUUCCAUGGAUCACAAACAGUAAAUGUGUUUACGCUAAUUCUUGGUGAAAGAAGACAAAAAGGAGGGGCUAAAUCGUGUGUAAGAAGAUUACGUGGAAUAGAAAGGACCACUGGUCAAAAGGUAUUGGAUCCGUGGAAUCCUACAUCGUGAUUGGUUGAUACCUCGCGUGGGAUCUUGCAAUCAUCCUUAUAGAUCGGAGGAUCGUCGACCUGUUCUGCAGUUUGCAGAUCACGAAGAUUCCUUGAUGGUCGUAUCAAAGUGUUGGAACAAUGCUUGGGAUAAUCUGCGUUUUCAACGCUAUCUUGUACGUGGCAGCUUCGGAGACAGUGAUCCUUCAACGAAUGAAACGUCACAAUGAUCCGAGUGAAAGUGGUCAUGUGAUAGACAGUAUUUUUAACAUUCCAAUUACGGCGAUCAAGGAAACAGGAGCCGCGGUGCAAACCUUUAGCUCAGAAAAUUCUAAGACCAUCGAUAGUAUCUUAAAGAUCCCUGUUUCGACCUUAGAAGCUGUUGGGGCUCUAGUAAAACAAACGUCUGGGCAGAGACUUCAGAAUGCCGAAGAGUUACAACGAAUACGCCAAGAAAGAAGAGAGAGAAUAUUAGCUCAAAGGGAACGACAGAGGUUCCACAGAGAGCAACUUCAGCAACAACGUUUCAAACAGCAACAAAUGAAGAGAAACGUUAAGAACAAUAACAAAGAUCCCUUUGGUUUAAACACCCUCUCCUUCCUGGUUAGUAAUCAUGGUAUCUUAGGUAGUAUUCAAGGUCCGUUUGGCGGGUACAGUGGAAAUGGUGGUGGACAUGGUGGUCAUGGUGGUCAUGGUGGUCAUGGUGGUCAUGGAAAUCAAGGUAUCCAUGGAGGACAGGGCAGUACAGGUGGUUACGAAGUCCACGAAAACGUAGAAGAAGAUACAAAUUAUUCCUGGCAUGGGAUCACCGCUGGGUUUGGUACGAUUUCUGGCUCUCGACCAACUAGCGCGCAUAUUUCCAUACAAAAUAAAGUCGCCCCUAAAGAUAAAAGACCAAACAAGUAUUACGACGAUUUUCGAAUACAAAACAAAAUUGCUCCGAAUAAAGAAAAUGGAUUAGGCUAUGAAGAUGAUCCUCCACUGCAGAACAAGAUUGCACCCAAAAGCAACAGGAUAUCGUUUCAAUCAUAGAACAAAUUCAUCGAACAGUGAAGUGAAUUCAAUCAUUUAGUUUUCUAUCACGCGUAACAUACGCUGCCAGCUCUACUCGUACAUAAGUAUUAGGAAUUAGGACAUCUACUUGUAGUAUUUAUUGGAAAAAGCAAAUUUUACUUUGCCUAAUAUUUUAUAUUACAAGGCUCGUGUAACGCAAUUGAAAUUACAGAUUUAUAAUAAGAUAAGUAGAAUAUAGAACAACAACAAUGAAAUACAUUCGAUUAAUAAAUGUCCUAAUACCUACAUACGUGCGUAUGUAUGUCUAGCAGUGCACGUUACUUUAAAUGUUCUACCAUUGUAAAGCGAAGUGACAUCGAAGAACAGCAGAGUAUCGUUUGACUCGUAAAAGAAAUGCAAAGCGAAAUGAACUUGACUUUCUAAAUUUUCAUAUAUUUACUUUCAUAUAUCACACGCUCGAUAACAGCUGGCCGAUAAGUAUGUAAGUCACAUUGCAUCGUUUAUGUAGAUAACGAAUGACAAAAUGUCGCUGCUUAGAGGAAACCAGAGUCGUUAAAGCAAACUGCAACUUCAUCGUUGGAACGAUAAUUGGCGAACGAACGACUAUGACUCGUUAGAUCUUCACGGCAGCUGCGCUGUUUCACCCACGAAUUUCGAAGUCACGUAUGUACCACGAAAGAUCCCAUGGCUACUACGUGGAAUGUUAAACGAGUCAAUCCUGCGAUACGGAAAACAUUCCGAAUGUAACACCUCCCAUGAAUAACGAAAAGAUGCGAGGAUAAGCAAGUAACCCGUAUAUCCAUUGUGUAUUCGAAUAAAAUUCAACUUCAUUUUGUACAUAAUUGAUAUUCCACUGCAUGGAUCCUCGUUAUAAGAUAAAUAUUAAACGAAAGAAAAUAAAUCUCAGUAUCUGAUGAUAGUCGGAUUUAAUGAAUAAUCGCGUGACCGGUAGUCUUGUUUUUUAUUUAUAUGGCUCGGGCGUCAUAAGCACAUAAAUGCAUGUAAAAUAAUAAUCAGUCCAUGCGUUAACGUUAAAUCGUUUCGCAGUUAUCGAUGUAUUAGCAUAUGUAUAAAUACAAUGUUGGCAAGGUUGAAUGAUUCAUAUGAUCGGUUUCAUUUACAAUUUAUCACAUUUAUCAUUCGAAGCAAUCAGUAUCAGAAAUUGCAAAAGUAUUUCUAAGUAGUAUACGAAAAAUUUUUAAGGCUUUUGUACUAAACUGUGAAUUAAAUACCGCAAACGCUCAAUCAUUGACAUUCUAAAAAGUAUUACAAGUUGGCAUUGACAAGGAUUAUGCUGGUUUCGAAAACGGAAGUUCGUCGAAUUACAAGAAUAGAUCUUGACGUUUGAAACAUAACUUUGGAUUUUAAUAAACCACCUUAUUAUUCAAGCAAA